AUGGCUUUUUAUGAAGUUUACUCGCAUCCCGCUUUGAUUCGGUACAAAGCAGGUGUUUGCACGAGUGCCACUUUGUUUCUCGUUGUGACUUUGUGCCUCACUUACAUCUCCCCGCUGUUGGUGGUUUAUAGGAGCCAAGGCUUCUGGAUUAAAAGGAACACAUAUGAAGAACAAGCGGUAGUUAGAUUCCAGUAUGAAACACUGCUGGUGGCUGCAACAGGUAUCAACGGGGAUUAUGUGGCGUGGAGCACCUUUCCCCAUCUGAAUAGCAUGCUUGGAAAGAGCCUGCGAAUCCCUGCUGUCUCUGUGCGGGAAGAGGACCAAAACAAGGAUGGAAAGUUGGACCGUCUUAUUUUUAAACUGCAGUUACCACUGAAAGAUGAGGAGAAUGUUUACAGUGUCCAACUACUACUGACCUUCAGCUACCAACUCUUUACAAAGUCAACAGUAGUGAUGCAGAGCCUGGCCUAUGUGCAACACUCCUCCUCUGUCCCUGGAGCUAAGGUGUUUAUCAGUGGAGACCUGAGGCUGCAACAGAGAGUUCCCCUGCCUCACCGUGGACUCUUCAACGUUUACAAUGUCUCUGUGAUUGACGGCUCCAGCCCUUUUGCAAGUGCCUAUGACCUAGACAACAUAGUGAGGCGCUACCGAGAACGAAACUUGACCACUAUACUUACCUGUCCCAUGCCAGUGUGGACUACUGGACGCGCCACUGGCUCUCCUUUUCAGCUUAUUGCAGAAAUUCAGUACCCUGUGGAGGUCAUUAGCUAUUGUCCCGGUUUCUGGGAAACUAUCAAGUUUGCUUGGAUCCAGUAUGUUAGUGUUCUCCUUAUCUUUCUCUGGAUCUUUGAUCGCAUCCAGACAUUUGUUUUUCAAAACCAAGUUUUAACCACUGUACCCAUAAACACUGGAAAACCUCACCAGAAUUGA